AGGUAAAUAGCCUUAAAUCGGAAGGGAGCUGCUUCUCUGUGGUCUUCCACAAGAGCUGCCUGGGCUCUGCUGGCUCAGUAAUAACUGAGUGACCUUUUCUUUUGCUGUAUUAUGUCUGGCUGGUAAGGGAUUGCAUUUUGCAGCUGAUAAAGCCCUGACUUCAUUCAACUCGGCUCCUCACACGCUGCUUUAGGUAAGUUGUCUUCAGCCAGGACGGAGACAGACAGCCUUGGACUGCAAGAUACUAAAAGGAGGACACCUGUAGCUCGGAUGCGGUCAACACAAUUACUUGGCGGAUCCUUGAGGACCUCAUUAUUUUAAACUUAAAGAAUAGCGAUCUCCCUCCCCAUCUCUCCCACCCCCUCUUUAUUUUUUUCCCCAAACAAUGCUUCUUUUUGACCUUUUCCAAGGAGAAGAGCUACAAAGCAGCCACUGUGCUUAUUGAACUGCCUCCCCUGUAUCGCUUAAUUGAGAAGGUAUACAAAUGCUCUCAGUCCAGCCAGACACCAAGCCGAAAGGUUGUGCUGGCUGCAACCGUAAGAUUAAAGACCGAUAUCUGCUAAAGGCCCUGGACAAAUAUUGGCAUGAGGACUGCCUGAAAUGUGCCUGCUGUGACUGUCGCCUGGGGGAGGUGGGCUCUACCUUGUACACCAAAGCCAACCUUAUCCUUUGUCGCAGAGACUAUCUGAGGUUAUUUGGCGUUACAGGAAACUGUGCUGCCUGCAGUAAGCUCAUACCUGCUUUUGAGAUGGUGAUGAGAGCAAAGGACAAUGUUUAUCACCUGGACUGUUUUGCAUGUCAGCUUUGUAAUCAGAGAUUUUGUGUUGGAGACAAAUUUUUCCUGAAGAACAACAUGAUUCUCUGCCAGACAGACUAUGAGGAGGGUUUAAUGAAAGAAGGUUAUGCACCCCAGGUUCGCUGAUCAGAUGCCACAUCAUUAAGAAUAAAAAGCACUAUGUUCUUUUAUCAUUUUUGCUCAACGUGUAUAUAAGAAAUGACACAGGAACCUACUGAAUAGCAUAGAUAUAGGGAGACUGAAUGGUUGCGUGACAUAAAAGGUGGACUGCAUCUGUAUGUAGUGAAAAUUGCUCCAGUUCAGAGUUGAAUGUUAAUUAAAAAGGUACUGUACAUACAGCUGGAUUCUUUUUGCUUGCUCUUGGGGUUUUUUUGUUUGUUUGGGCUUUUUUGUUUCUUUUUGUGUCACUUGGCAUGAGAUGUUUAUUUUGGACUAUUGUACAUAAUGUAUUGUAAUAUUUGAAGCACAAAUGUAAUACAGUUUUAUUGUGUUACUAUUUGUGUUCCUGUUUGCUUCUUUGUAUUGUUGCAUUUAGUACAAUCAGUGUCUAAACUUACUGUAUAUUUAUGCUUUCUGUAUCUACCAGCUAUUUUAAAUGAGCUGUAUCUUUCUAGUAAAAAGCAUUAAAGAGCAAAUCCCAACCAUUAUGCUACACUUAGAGCUUAAGAAUACUGUUUACAUUAAAACUAUUUAGAAAACUAAUAACUAGCAGCACCUGCUGCUAAUGAUGCUAUGGUUAAGGGUCUAUCAGCACUCCUGUUAUAAGCCUCUAUUUUUCAGGGGUUAAGCAUCUGCUGUUUAAUUGCAUAGAUUUUCCUCAAAGAGCACUUUUAUUUUACUACAAAUUUUUGAAAAGCAAAUCUGUCUGGUUUGGGAUAUAUUAUAAAAGGUGCAAAAGUUAAUGAUUUUGGGUGCUGCUUUUGCACCCCAUAGGCAUUCCAAAUGCCUGGAUUUGAUUUUUAAUUUAGCUGGAAAUUAAGCCCUAAUGCAAACCAGUGCCUCUGGGUAUCUUAUUUUUUAUAUAUAUAUAAAUAUAUAUAUAUAUGUUAUUUUCUGAAAUCAUUUAGUUUGGGGGCAGGGCAAAGGAAAGGGAGAGACUCCUGUUUAUAAACAUUUUAAAAAAUUCUUAAAAUUUGAUGGGUCUCUCUCUCCCUCUCUCUAUUUCCUUUUUCUUUUCUUUUUCUUUUUUUUUUCUUUUUUUUUUUUUUUAAUCAGGGCUUAACCCUAAAGUUUUCUGGGGCUGUGUGCUCAACAAACCCUGAAAAAAAGUGAAAGUAGAAGGCUCUGUAAACAGCCCCCUCUGAGGGUCUAUUUACAUUAAAGAAAUGACCUUGAGCUGACACUAGGACAGUGACUAAUUACUAAUUACCCACCUCAGUGAAAGUUGAAGGUAAUUUAAAUGCUGAUGUGGAUGGGACAAAACUUUGAAAUACCAAUACAGAAGGGGAGAGUUACCACUCUUCGACAGCAUAGGUACUUUGCUGUCCAUGCCAACAUCCUACAGGUUUGUCCCAUCAAUACUGGCAAUUAAAAUCCCUUAGGCAGAGGUGAAAUCACUGCUGACAGCUCCUGUUGGCAAUCAGUCCAUUUUCUAGGAGAGGUGGACCUCUGUUUUUAAAGCCAUGAAGCUAUUGCAUCAGCAGGAUGUCCCUAAGUGCUCAUGUCCUUAAAGAGCUUACAGGUGUUUAGCAAAGGAAAGCAGGAUGAAUGUGUAAAAAGUUGUUAAAUACAUAAUUAAUUCUUGUCUGUUUGUCACUCUAAUCUGGCUCACUGGAAAAACAACCUGUAUUAAAAGAAGAAAAAAAAACACCAAAAAACAAAACCACCCAAACAACAAAAUAGUAUUAAGAAAAAAAAUACAAGAAACCCAUUAUACCCUAUGUUGUUAUGAAACUGAGCUCUUGUUUUAAUUUAGAUUAAGAACCCUCUUCUGUGCUCAAAUUGAGUGCUGUCCUUCCCUGCUCUUCCUGUCCUAUUGUGCAUUCCAACAUGUUUUUCCUGGGGAUGGUGAAAGAAAUGGUAUGAGUACACUGCACAGUGGCUUGACUUAGAAAUGGAUAUUUAGUUCUAAUGACUAUUGUUACAGUGUGGUUUUGUUUCUGACUGUGAACCCUUUUAAAAAUAAGCAUGGCUCAUAAAACUUGACUUUGACUCAUACAGGACCUGUAAGAAAUGCAGCGACUCCUCAGACUGUUCUUGCUAAUUAGAUGAAAUAGCUCCACAUAGCUUUUCAAAUUAAAUUUAACCCUCUUUUGUGGACUAUUUUCCUUCCUAACCUUGAGCACAAGUCUCUUUUCCACUCCCUUCCACAGUCCCUUAAUGUCUUUGGGAUAACGAAGCAGUUGGUGUCAGAGGUAUUAUUAGGCUCUUCCAGAUCUACUCCAGUGCAAUAAACAAGCUGUCCUUUCCAUGAAGGUCAGGAUGGACAGAAAGGGAAGAAUCAUAUUAUCUUAUUUUGAGUCCAAUUUCAAUUUUCUCCUCCAGACUCUCUUGGGUCUUUCUGUUAGAAGUCAGAAAGAUCUCUCCUCUGAUUUCCACUAGUGACUACACAGUGGAUAGAAAUCCCUGGUUCAGAAAUAGGUCUGGAGAACAUGAAAGAAGGGACUGUGGUUAUGUCUUUGACUUCCUAUAAGCUUAGGCAAGUCAUUCAACUUCUCCGUGCCUCAUUUGUCCCUGUCUGUCAAAUGGGGCUAAUGCAUACGCUGCUUUUGGAAAGCAUUUUUGGCUCUUAGGAAAUGAAGAGCCAUGCAUGCAGGUGUUACAAACAGCAUCAGGACAUCAUGGGAGAAGCGGAGCAUUGGCAGUAGGUAACCACAGAUCUGAGAGCACCAGAACCAAAUAAACCUGUGGAAGGCUUUGUAGGGGGUGAUGGAAACUACACACUAAUAGUGCUGUAAACGCUAAAGUGCUCUCUCAUUACCACAAAGUGCCACUGCUCAGUUCUCUGUGGAGUAAAUUAAGAUGGUGCAAUGGGGAAAUAGUGGCUUAUUAUUACACGCCGUGUUGCUCAUAUGUGCAUGUGUGUGUUUUGUGAUGUAGGCUCAGAGUGAGGAAGGGGAAGGUGGUCCUGCUAUGAAGAAAAAAAUAGUCUCCCCAUUCUAUCAACCUUAUCUGAUGUAAGGAAAAAGAAAUGUUGAUAUACACAUUUGCGGUGCUGCAAUGGUAUGGCACUGCUUUCAGCACUUUAAACUCAUACGUCUUAUUCACAUACAUAUCUAACAUUUGUAUGUAAAAGAUACAGUAUAAACUUAAGAUUUGAUGUAGGUCAAACACAUUCUCCUGUAUUUCAAACUUCCAUCUUGCCUGCCUGUUAAAAUAAUAACUGGGAGUUGAAACAUUUAAUGGAAACAUUUACAACUCCAAUAAAGUAUAAGAACAUAAGACAACACUGAAGAGAGAUUAUCUGCCAGGCCACUUUACUGAUCUUUUGACAGAGGCCUUGACCAUUCCUUUGGGUUGCUUUUAGUUAUCUACCUUGGUUCUCCUUCUCCAUCACUGUGUGUGUCAACAUGCUCUGUCUGCAAACAGCAAAACGUUCUGCUAGUGACCAGUAUUCAGUGUAUGCUCAUUUGCCAGGCAGGAAUGCUUCCAUUUGUGUCUCCUGUCUUUAGGGUGUUUUAUCUUAAUCUGUACAAAUUUCUAAGUUUAGUCAGACAAUAUUAAUAAUAACAACAAUAAUUAAAAAAAAAAUCUACUAUUCUUGGGUGGCUGGUUUUUGAUCCAUGUGGAAAAGUACAAAUUAUCAAACCUAGAUUUUCAACUGUGAAAAGCUCCUCUGUCAACUGUAACCUGCUGUGUCUGUUAUCUGCCACUACUGAUGAUGAACCAAGACAGCCUGGAUUUGGCAGAAGCGGUGACCAGGGCUCAAACUCCAUCUAUUUCAUAAUUGUGUUUUUAUUUUAGGGGUUUUUUUUAAGCACACCUUCUUCUGUUGUCUUAUCCUCCCAAGAUGCUCAAAUUUUUGCUCAUGUAAUGUAAAUAAAGGAAAAUCACCAACAACCCCUCAAAUGUUCCUAAUUGCCUACAUAUAAAAUAACUUGAGGAAAAUAAAUUGAAAAGUGGUCAGUGAGAAGGGAAACUGUGGGGGAAAAGAAACAAACAGGGACUAUGGCAAGGUUUCGCCUGUAUAGACUUUAAAGUACUUUAAAGACUUUUUUCAACGUAAUAUACAGCAGCUUCUUAUAAUUUUCUCAGCAGUAGGUAGUUUACAGUCAUCGGUACCUAGAACAAAUCUUGUCAAAAAUGAAAGUUUGUAGUGAUUGCUGGGUAUAAUUUUAUACAUUUAGCUGAUUUUUCUGAAAGCUUCCACUGUGCUGCUCUUGUCAGACUAAAUUAUCAAUUUAGCCAUUUGUUGUUUAAUGAAUAAAAACUCCUAUGGCAUUGGAGAUGUUGUGGUUUCAAUAAAGCAAAAGCUUUAACAACUCAAA